UCGAUGGUGGUCCUCCAGAUUAUUCCACAGUUACCACUCCAGUACGUUGGUGGUAGUGUCUCAAGAAAAUGGCGAGGCAUAUUUUUAUUUUGUUCCUGGCUAUUGCUUUUUCGGCAGUACAAGCAAAAAUAAUCCGCCCAUGCCCUAACCUGACACACCGCUGUAUCCGCGAGGUGCUGGCUUCGAACUCUGGCUGCGACAGAAACGUGAUGGGUUUCAUCGCCAACAAGUACACCGUGAACGAGUUCCGCUUCGAGACACCAUACUUCAACUCCUCGUAUAUUGACAGGGGUCUCAUCGUCAGGAAUCAUGACAAGUGCUACAUUUCUGAGUUUUUCUUCAACACAGAUACGGACAGAGCGGUACUGGGCAUGACUUGCAGGGACCUGGAGCUGGAGUCUGACCGAGUGCUGAUACAGCAUCGUACCUUCCAGGAAGACACCUACUACAACUACCACAUACAUGCUACUUACCCUAUGCUCCGCUUCACGUGGACCUUGUCUCCGAGAACCAACAUGAACCUGUGUACCUCCCACGUGUACACCGACGUCGUCACACUGCCCAUCAUGCACAUCGACCCUAAAGACAAGCCAACUGAGAAAUUUUUAACUCGCGACCUGACAGCGCUGAACAUAUUCGAAAGAGAAGCAUUCUUCUACACCGGCGAUCUUCUAGCUAAAGUGUACAUCGACACGACGACAUGUUACUACAACUGCAAUCAAAAAUUGCUACCACAGUACCCCAACGACGUUUGACACAUUUUUUAAUUAACACUUAUUACAAUUAAAGUAAAUUAACUUACAUGAGACUAGCUCUUGCCCGCGA